AUGCUGCCAAGCCAAACUGGUGAGCGUUUAGAACCUCUUGGAGCAAGUGCGGUGGUUGGUGUUUUUCCUGCUGGCCUGAAGGUGCUGGCCUUCUACCAUUCAAACUUGCACCCUUCAGGUCAUCGUAGUGUUCACAUUUGCUCCGGCUGUCACCUGCAACCUUUGAGUGGACUAUCAUCAGGUUGGUUGCCAGCAACGGUACUGAAGAGCAAACCUCCAAAUGAGGACUUUGUGAUGCUACGAUUUGCUGGGCCAUUUUGUGACCCUUUGUAUGGGAUGGCAAACUCCAUAGAUUUGAAGGUACCUGUACGCUUGGUGAGGUGCCUGACCCCACAAACCCAGAUGCCACGGCCGCUUCUAUCUGUCCUUAUUGUGCGAUGGUGGGACUAUCAGGUCAAUCCAACCUGGUCGGACUACUGCGUAACCAACGAUGGCAUGCUUUUGGACCUGGUGGAUGGUCCAUACGGAAUUAUGCUGCUGAUCCCUGGUGAGUUUGAAGCCUACACGGUGUUUGUGAAACGUUCAGAAGACUUGGACGUGAAAGGGCUAGAACACUGGGCGCAAGCGGUGCUAUGGGGAGUAAACACAGUGGUGUGGUACUUUGUGUGGCCUUGCCAGCGCUCUGAUGCAGAUUCUGUUGCGGGCUGUGUGAGCGAGCGGCAGUUUUUCACCUUCCAGAGAAGGAUGGAAAGGCUUGGCCUCAGAAGCGGCUGGCCUCAUCCUAGCACUUUGUAUCAGCAAUUGUGUGGCAAGCUUUGGAUUCCGCAAAUGAGCCUUCAACGGGAGUGGCGCAUUCCCCCAACUGUCAAGGUUCAAUAUGCUGAUGUGACAAGGGAUGCUCGAGCUGCAGCAAAACGUGCCAUUCGCUCCCUUUUGCUGAUUGGCGGUCAGAUUGACACUUGGGCCACGCCUGCUGACGAUUGCUUUGAUUCCUUUCAUGGUGUGGUGAAGCUCGGCUUCAGCUGGCAGGGAGAUGAUGUCCUUCCAUUUGUUGGUAUUGAAAACUUGGCGAGGGUGUUGCGCCGGCUGCUGAAUCAAGGAAGCGAGCCUUUGAACUGCUUGGAUCCUUGCACGGUACAGGGAUUAGUACGAGAUGUUGUUUGUGAGCAUCGAGUGGUUUGCUUUCAAGAUGCGUGCAGAGGGCCAGAGCAGUUUGUGCGAGAACACCUGUGGCUGAGAAUGAAACGUCGAGGCGAGCAUCACAAUCACCAAGAUGCCUGCGAAGUUCAACAUUUUGCACUAGCAUCUGCGAAAGCCGUUUCAAACUCUGAGGCCACGCGGGAUUUCUUUGGUGGACACGAAGAAGCUACGCAAAAGGUUCUUACCGAUACUGAUUUGUUGGUGGACAAGUGGUUGACCUGGUUCUUGACAGAAGAUGCAGAGCCGCCUCCUGUUACCAGGCUAGAUUUCCUCGUCUCCUGGCGCGACGGUGCUGAUCCGGGUGUAUGGACUUGUGAGGUUGGAGAGUGUGGUGCAUCCCUUUGCUCUGUAGAAUGCGAUGCUCGCAACUGUGCGACUUUGAACUGGGCUAUUCGAGACGAUCCUUCCUUCAGAUUCCCGAUGGCAUUGCCAAGAAUUUGCAGUGGACUUGACCCAUUUUGCACCUGCAUCAUUGAAAUACAUGACCUCAAUAAAGUGCAGUGCGAAGCCGAUAUUGGUCAUUUUUGUGAUUACGCAGCUGUGCCGUCAUCUCCGAGCUGA